AAAACACAAGCUGAUGCACCCUCAAAAUCAAAAAAUCCUGAAGAAAAGCGCUUCGCAGAAAUGGACCAACCCGGCGGUCCGCGACGGCCCAAGAUGUGCCGCGUUUGUCGCGCUCCGGACAACGACGAUCUUAUCACGGUGCAGCUGGUGCAGGAAGGCGUCUCAGUCGCCACCAUGUUUCUCGAGCUGACGGGAAUUCAGGUCACAGCGGACCGUAACCUACCCCAGAAUGUGUGCCUCGCGUGUCUGGAGCGACUUCGGAGCGCACACCUGCUACGCCGCCAAUGUCUCGAAUCGGACCAGCUGCUGCGGGGUGAACUUCCGGUUGCUACUCCCGCUCCGAAGGAGGUUGAGGUUGAAACUGUGCCGAAAGUUGCGAAACCACCCCCUCAUUUAGAGGAACCCACAGGGAUGUUCAAGCUGGAAAUUGAAACGCUCGAGAUUGAGUCGGAACCGGAAGAGGUCGUCUGUGAGGCCGAGGAGGAGGAGGAAAACGAGUUGAAGUUCAUCGUGGAGAGUGUGGACGAAGUUGAAGAGGAGGGAGACGACCAAACGAUUGACAUUUUAACGGCGGAGGAGCAACCGGACGAGCAGGUUAAGCAAUCGGAUGUGAUGUACCUGAACAGCUACGACGAGUCGGAUUACGAGAUUGUCUACCAGGGGGAACACUACGACCGGAUUAAAUUUAUCGUGGCGCGAUGCUGCGGUUGUUCGAGGCGGUUUCCGAACAAAACGGAACUGCUGGAGCAUGGUCAGGCGGUGCAUAAGGCGCACAAUCAGAAGCCUGCGAAGCGAAACUUUCCCCACGAGUGUCCGGUUUGCUUCCGGCAGUUUACGAGCAAGCGUGCGGUUGGGGAUCAUCGCGACCAGAUCGACACGGACUGGUUCCACUGUCGGGAGUGUGACCUGCUGGUGCACAGUCAGCGGCAAAUCGAGGGUCAUUUGGAGCGGGUUCAUGGAAUUACGGAGAUGGAGGGUGAGAGUGAAGAAGAUGGAGACGAGGAACACGGUGCGGCGUUGACGCUGGCAGCGUUCGAUCCGAGUCAGUACGAGCUGACGCGCACCGAGUUUGGGUUCGACCUGGUAGAGUUUACCUGUUGGCGGUGCUGCGGAUGUUUGGCCAGUUUCGAGCUGCGAGAGGAUUUCGAACAGCACUCGCGCGAGCAGCAUCUGCCGGAGCGAAGGGAGGAGGAUGGAGACCGGCCGUACGAGUGCAACAUUUGCUAUCGGAGAUUCGAGAAGCGGGCGUCGUUGAUGAUUCACAAAAAUGGGCCAAAGAAGCGGCGCGUGGUUUGUCGAAUUUGCGAGGGUAUCUUCCGGGGGGAGACGACCUACCGGAAGCAUGCGUUGAAGGAGCACGGGAUGGUGAACGAUGGUGAGGACGCCGGAGAUGUCAGCAUGCAGGACGUGGAGUUUAUCGAGGAACCGCUGGAAGAGGUGGGCCAGGUUCAGGAGAUUAGCGAUGGCGAGGAAGAUGAUGAUGAUGAGGACGAUGAUGAUCGGGAAGUAACGGGCAAGUACAGCAAAUACAACUCGAGCAAGCAGCGCAAGGAGAUGGGGCGGGUGCCGUGGAAUCUGCUACGGACGGUUGAGGAGCUGGACGGGUACAACGUGGUGGAGAUCUUGAAGGAGCGUUGCUGCAACUGUUUGCAGUUUUUCGAUUCGGUUGAGGAACUUCACGAGCAUACGCAGGUCCACCGGCAGGAAGCGCUGGCGGAAGCGGCCUGUUCCAGCAAACCGAUCAAGUACCAGUGCGAGUUCUGCUUGAAGAGCUUCGACCUGGCUCUGGUCUACGUGGUCCAUAAGCGAAUUCGCGAACAGCGCCAGUUCUACCAGUGUCGGUUGUGCGAUUUCGUGAUCGAUUCCGAGUCCCGGCUGAAGAAUCACAUGCUGCACAACGAUCAGCACGCCAAGUUCUUCAACCUGAUCCGGGAGGACGUCAGCGAUCGGUACUAUGCGGCCAGUCUACCGGGCGCACGGUGCUGCGGCUGUGGUCAGUACUUUGACGGCGAGGAUGCGCUGGAGGAACAUUCCCGGGCGGUGCACCCGCGAGAUCCGGCCAAGGAGAGUACGAAGCGGACGCAUAGUUGUAGAAUCUGCGGCAAGCGUUGUUAUAACCGUUCAGACGUGCUGAUUCACCAGAAAAAGAACGGAUCAACGGUGCGGUACUACUGUAAGCUGUGUGACUUUGAAACGGCCAACGAACCUCGGAUGUUGAAGCAUCUGUACAGUUCGAUCCACAACGAGGCGUUCCCGGCGAUUGAGGUGAAGAAUAUCGAGAUUGGCUACAAGAAGGCCGGAGUUAUUCGGUACUGCUGCUUCGAAGGUUGUCAUCUUCCGUUCCACGACCACCAGAAGUUGUUUGACCACGUUGACGAACUUCAUCUAGCGCAAAAGGCCCGCAACUUGGACGCGGUUGAUCAGCAAACGGGGAACCGACUUCAGUGCGACUGUUGUCACCUGCACUUCCGAACGCUAACCCUGCUCAAGCAGCACCAAAGUGGCAACCAGCGACCGCUCAAAAGUUACGUCUGCUCCGUUUGUGGCCUCGCCAAACCAAGCAAAGCCGCCCUCGCCACCCACGAACUCCGUCACACCGGUGCGCGUCCCUACCCGUGCACCGUCUGCGACAAACGCUUCUCCUCGACGACCAUCCUGAACUCGCACAUGAAGUGCCACGCCCCCAAGCAGUACCAGUGCAUCGAAUGCGGAGAAAAGUUUGCCCGCAGCGAGAACCUCAAGCGUCACAUCCGGCACCGGCACGCCGAGGCCACCUUCUGCUGCAGCUACUGUCCGCACAAGUCCAAGACCCGCGAAGCGCUGAACCAGCACGAGCGUUCGCACACCAAAGAGAAACCCUUCGAGUGCCGCUCCGAGGGCUGUCAAAAGCGAUACGCCAGCAUCUGUGACCGGAGACGGCACGAAAUGGCCAGCCACACGGGCGAGAGACCCCACCAGUGUGACCACUGCACGGCUUCCUUUGUCCGCAAACGGCAGCUUACGAUUCACGUUCGAAAGCACACCGGAGAGCGGCCCUUUGUGUGCUUAAAGUGUGGCAAAGGCUUCAUCGAUUCGGCUCUGCUGAAGAAACACACCUCCGUCACUUUCGCCGUCGUUAUUGGCCCUGGUAGCUUUCACCACCUGCUUCAGGUCGACCUGCAGCGGACUCACGACAAACCGCACCUUGACCACGUCCUCAUGCCCGUGGGCGUACCCGUACUCCGCCAGCUGGUUCCACCGGAUGUGAAAGUUGAAAAAGUUGCGCUGAUUGAGCUGGACGUUCCGCUCGAAGGCGGUGUGCUUCUCGCAGCCACCGUCCGGGUGGCCGAGCUCAAAGUCUGCAAAUUCGUGAUUGCCGUGGAUGCCAAUCUUCCAAACGGAACCGAACUGGUCCGUGUACUGCUGGUAGUCGGGGUUCUCCAAAUCCGUGACAGAAUAGUUAUCAAUGUGAUAAUUGAAGCAGUCGCCGUUGCCCUUAAGCCGUUGCGUUCGACUGGUUCGUUUGUUGAGCAAUCGCUGUUGAAUCUGAACUUUAGCUUUGAAAUCCGCUGGACGGAUUGUGUACCGGAAGCGCAGGUCAAACCUUCCCGGCGGCAGCGUUCGCUUGUCCAAAAAGUUCGGCACGCCCACGUAUGCAUCGUGGCCAAUCCGGUCCCGCACCAGGAACGCCAACGGAGCAACGUUCUGCAACUCCAGCAGAACCUCGUAGAACCCUUCCUCGCCGUACAGCAACUCCACGAACGCGCCCAACUGUUGCUCCCGACCCUUCCCAACCUUAAUCCUCAGCCGCCACUUGAAGCCCAACUCGUCCACGACAUGUUCCGAGCAAACCCAGGCCAACCGACACCCGUGGACGUUCCGCAGCGUAAAGGUUCCCUCAACCGCUCGCGGUACCCCCAAAACAGGCUCCGUCCUACCCACCUCAACGUGUCGCGUUUCAGUCCGAUGGCAAUCGACCGGCGCCGCAGCCGGCGGUGCCACAAUCAACCCGGAACUCCCCGCACCAAUGUUCAAACACCCGUCACAACCAUGAAGAUCUGCCGGAUCUGCAUGCAGGGCGACGAGGACCGCCCCCUCCAGUCAAUCUUCUCCCAAACCGACGGCGCCCACCUCGCGGAAACGGUCGCCGCAAGCUGUUCGCUCGAGCUCGCCACCGAGGACGACGGCCUGCCCGGUCAGAUUUGCGCGCCGUGCGUGCGUGACGUCCAGCAGGUUGCGACGUUCCGAGAGCGGGCGCGCGAAUCCGACCGCAAGCUGAGGCAGGUCGGUGCGUCUGGCGGAGGCGACUUUGAGGUGGUGGUCGUCAAGACGGAAUCGAUGGGGGAGGAUGACGAUGAUCGGGAAGGCUUCAACUUGGGGCAAUCCGAGUCGGAUUCGGAAGAUGAUAGGCCGUUGAAGCGGCGGCGUCGAGUGAAAGCGUCGAGUUCCGAUGACGAGGAGUUUACUGUGAUUAAGGUCACACGGAAAAGUAAGCAAGUGGAGAGCGAUUCUGACGACGAGCUGGACGUCAAAACGCUGUCAAUGUUCGAGGAGGUUGCCCUGCCGGAAGGUAGCUACGUGUGUUGCAGCUGCUACAAGCACUUUGACAGCGUGGCCGCGCUCGAGCUACACGUGGAAGUUCACAAACGGCACGCCGUUAAACGGAGUGAUUGCAUUUAUUGCGAGAUCUGCAAGCGGAAAUUUAAGAAAGAGUCAGCGCUGAAACGGCACGUGGCCAAGGUUAGCGCGCUAACCAAGCUGUACGAAUGUGUGCAGUGCAACGUUCGGUUCAUGAACGCCGCUGGACGGCGAAUGCAUGCCCAACGGCAUCCGCAGAAAAUCGAGGAGAAAAUGAAGCAAGAAUUUGGCGAGAUUUUUUGUUGCGUUCAGAAUUGCUCCAAGUCGUUUACUUCCGAGCAGUUGCUCAUCGAGCAUGGCCACGAGGCUCAUCGGAUCAACAAGCAAGCGUACGAGCUGGAAGACUCAACGCUGAAACCGAUCGAAUGUCCGGUUUGCUUUAAAAAGUUUGCCUCGGAACAGUUGCUUAGGCGGCAUCGUCGACGGAACUCGCAACCCCUGAACCAUCAAUGUGCCACGUGUGGUCUCAAGUUCCGCACCAAGGACGUCUUGUCCUUCCACGAGCUUAACCACUCUGAAAAGAAGCCCUUCCCGUGCGAUAUCUGCCAGAAGCACUUUUCCAGCAAAAACUCGCUUAAAGUUCACCAGCGUAGUCACUCAAACGAUAAGCCGUUCAUUUGUUCGACCUGCGGAGCCCGGUUCUACCAGAAGGCCCAACUCGUCACCCACGAGUACACCCACCAGGACGGACCGCUCCCAUUCCGGUGUGAAACCUGCUCCAAGUACUGCAAAACGAAGAACGCCCUCCGCAAUCACAUGCGCCAGCAUACGGGCGAAAAGCCGUAUCCCUGCCGGCACUGUUCAAUCUCCUUUUCGAACCACACGAACCGCCAGCGGCACGAGAUGAAUCACACCGGAAACAAGCCCUUUGCGUGCUCGUUCUGCGACCGGAAGUUUACGAUCAACCGGCUGAAGCUGGAGCACGAGUGCAAACACACCGGCGUUAAGCCGUUCAAAUGUAGCUUCUGCGAGAAGUCGUUCAUCCGGAAGCGGUUCCAGCUGGACCACGAGGCUACCCAUACAGGCGAGAAGCCGUACCGCUGCGAAGUUCCGUCCUGUAAUCGCACGUUCAGUCAGCAGGCACCGCUCAGGAGGCACAUGGUAACGCACCGGACGGAAGGUAGUGCGGAAUCUACUGCAGAAUUCUUCCCAUUGAAUCAACAGACUCCGAAUGUAAGCAUAUUGCCGCCCUCGUCAUCGGUUUGAGGAUCAAAAACCGGUACUUUAACUG